AUGAAACCAAUUUCUACGCUUUCGUUCACAUGCCUGACUGCUGUGGAGGAACUAGGCAUCCACAUAGGCUCGCUGACAACAGAUCGACAUCCUGGUGUCAAGCAGUACUGCCGCAAACACAAGCCAAACAUACCACACUGGUAUGAUGUUUGGCAUGUUGGUAAAGGCCUCAAAAAAAAGCUCCUGGCUGCCAGUCGCAGACAUCGAGUUCUGUCUCCUUGGAUCCAAAGCAUCAUCAACCAUCUUUACUGGGUUGCUGCAAUGGGCCAAGGAGAUGGAGACCUUGUUGUCAGCAUGUGGAGGAGCCUGCUGAACCAUGUUUGCGACAAACAUGAUGGCCACGAUGGUCCCUACGAGAAAUGCCUGCAUGACCAGCUUGAGGACAGGGAAUGGUUGAGCCCAACAUCACCUGCAUUUCUCCAACUAAAGACCAUCGUGGACAAUCCUCUACUUUUGAGAGACAUUCGCCGGCUCUCUCCCGAGGUGCAAACGUUCUCAUUGGAGUCGUUCCACAGUGUGCUGAACUGCUUCGCGCCGAAAGCUAAUGCUUUCUCAGAGGACGGCAUGCAAGCAAGGACAUGGCUCGCUGUACUUCACUUCAAUGAGAAUGCCAAACGGCAACAGGCGCAUACUCGGGAGGGAGAGGAGCAAUGGAAGCUGAAAUCCUCCAAGGCGAGGCGAGGCCACUUUACUGUUGCUGCAGUCAAAGAGAAGCCUAGCUAUGGAUACGUCGAAGAGCUGCUGAAGAACGCUGUGGACCUCUGUGAGCACUCGUCGUACAAGGAGAGUUUCAACAACGCGGCAGUUCAGCCGUGCCAUAUGUCCCUCGCAUAUGAACGGCCAUCAAAGGAGGAGCUCAUUGCUCAGAGGCGCACACGCUUUCCUACACAAUCACCCUCAUGAAAGAACUGCAUCAGUACAUUGUAUGAUGAUGGUUGGCUUCAACAUCCCAAAGCCACGAUUUGAUCGUGAGGAGCGCCGUGCUGUAGGGUGCCGGAAAUUUUGACCCCCUGGUGUUCUUUGACAUGCACCUAGUCCUAAU